UUUAUCUUAUUUGGGUAUACUCUGAUUAGUUGGCUGCCUAUGAUUGGCUGAAACUCUGCUAUUUGUUACAGAAAAUAUACUCCUAAGUCAGGCUGCGGUUUGCUACAGAGGAACUCAAAGUUCAGAGACAGCCUCAGUUCUUUCCACAGAGAGCUGACUGAUAUUUGAAGAAGUGUUUUCAUCUAUCCAAGAAAAAUAUGAUGUCUCCAUCCCAAGCCUCACUCUUAUUCUUAAAUGUAUGUAUUUUUAUUUGUGGAGAAGCUGUACAAGGUAGCUGUGUACCUCAUUCUACGGACUCUUCAGUAGUUAACAUUGUAGAAGAUGUAUCUAAUGCAAAAGAUGAAAGUAAAAGUAAUGAUACUUUUUGUAAGGAAGACUGUGAGGAAUCAUGUGAUGUUAAAACUAAAAUUACACGAGAAGAAAAACAUUUCAUGUGUAGAAAUUUGCAAAAUUCUAUUGUUUCCUACACAAGAAGUACCAAAAAACUGCUAAGAAAUAUGAUGGAUGAGCAACAAGCUUCCUUGGAUUAUUUAUCUAAUCAGGUCAACGAGCUCAUGAAUCGAGUUCUCCUUUUGACUACAGAAGUUUUUAGAAAACAGCUGGAUCCUUUUCCUCACAGACCUGUUCAGUCACAUGGUUUAGAUUGCACUGAUAUUAAGGAUACCAUUGGCUCUGUCACCAAAACACCGAGUGGUUUAUACAUAAUUCACCCAGAAGGAUCUAGCUACCCAUUUGAGGUAAUGUGUGACAUGGAUUACAGAGGAGGUGGAUGGACUGUGAUACAGAAAAGAAUUGAUGGGAUAAUUGACUUCCAAAGAUUGUGGUGUGAUUAUCUGGAUGGAUUUGGAGACCUUUUAGGAGAAUUUUGGCUAGGACUAAAAAAGAUUUUUUAUAUAGUAAAUCAGAAAAAUACCAGUUUUAUGCUGUAUGUGGCUUUGGAAUCUGAAGAUGACACACUUGCUUAUGCAUCAUAUGAUAAUUUUUGGCUAGAGGAUGAAACAAGAUUUUUUAAAAUGCACUUAGGGCGGUAUUCAGGAAAUGCUGGUGAUGCAUUCCGGGGUCUCAAAAAAGAAGAUAAUCAAAAUGCAAUGCCUUUUAGCACAUCAGAUGUUGAUAAUGAUGGGUGUCGCCCUGCAUGCCUGGUCAAUGGUCAGUCUGUGAAGAGCUGUAGUCACCUCCAUAACAAGACCGGCUGGUGGUUUAAUGAGUGUGGUCUAGCAAAUCUAAAUGGCAUUCAUCACUUCUCUGGAAAAUUGCUUGCAACUGGAAUUCAAUGGGACACAUGGACCAAAAACAACUCACCUGUCAAGAUUAAAUCUGUUUCAAUGAAAAUUAGAAGAAUGUACAAUCCAUAUUUUAAAUAAUCUCAUUUAACGUUGUAAUGCACGUUCUACAAUGAUAAUAUAUUACAGGUUUUUAAAAGUUUAUCUUUUCACUUAGUGUUUCAAACAUAUUAGGCAAAAUUUAACUGUAGAUGGCAUUUAGAUGUUAUGAGUUUAAUUAGAAAACUUCAAUUUUGUAGUAUUCUAUAAAAGAAAACACGGCUGAUUGUAUAUUUUUACUUCUGACUAUAUUAACAAUAUACCAUGAAAUUUGUUUCAAGUGAACUACAACUUGUCUUCCUAAAAUUUAUAGUGCUUUUAAAGGAUUUUGCCUCUUCUUUGAAACAUUUUUAAACCAUAAUAUGUUGUUAGGAAAAUUGAAGAGAAUAUUUUACUUAUUUUUAUACUUUAUAUGAUUAUAUAAUCUACAGAUAAUUUCUACUGAAUACAGUUACAACAAAUAACUUUUAUGCAGAUUAAUAUAUAAACUACACAUGAUUUAAAAACCUUACUGUUUCUAGGUGAUGCCAUACCAUUUUAAAAGUAGUAAGAGUUUGCUGCCCAAAUAGUUUUUCUUGUUUUCAUAUCUAAUCAUGGUUAACUAUUUUGUUAUUGUUUGUAAUAAAUAUACUGUACUUUUAUAUCCUUAUCAGCUGCAUUCU